AAAAAUUAGACUGCUGAGACUGAGUUGAUAGUUCAAUUUGGUAGCCUUGUUUCAAAUACGUUAAUUGUAUGUAAAUGAAAAAGAAGUGAACCAUAAUGAAGUGAACUUUGUCUUGUCACACGAUAUGACACAUGGUGAACAAUUGCACGUGGGGGAGGAGCUCGUUUGUGUAUUAUUCGUUUUUUGAUAAGUAAAUGUUUUGAGAAUCGAUGGAAUGAAAUUUGGAAUGUAAGCUAGACGAACUCGCAGUAGCAAAACAAAAGAAAUCUACCUACCUAACUACGUAUUUUUGUUCCAGUCUAAUAACGAUAGAGUUCGAACGUAAAUCUUCGAGGUUUUCAUUUUCAUCCUACUUGUCGGAGUGAAUGUGAAUUUUGAACGAAUGUCGCGAUCAAUUUAUUAAUAUAUUUUUAUCAGUUUAAUAUAUCGUUGCGGAAAAUUCAUAAAAUCAUAAAAUAGGUACCUACAUCAUGGUGCUGUACAGUGCGAUACAUCUCAAUUUAACCGAUCGAAUCGAAGAGUUGGAGAAAGAAAUACUGAACCGGGAGGAUAAAAUGUGCGAAAUAGAAGCCAAAGUAUUCCACGAUCAUCUUCUCGCCCUUCACGAUCGACUUAUUGCCUAUGAAAUUCAAUUCGAGGCGAACGUGACCGAUUACACGUACCUGACCACUCAUCUGCGUGUACUUCGCCCUUACCACCUCAAGGUAAUCGAUUUGCAGAUAAAAUUAACCAAAAUCUUCACACCUACCACAGCAUCGAAGACAAAAACCAAGGUAAUCAAUCUAUUUGACCAUCAAAACGAAGAUCUCGAACUCGAAAUCGUAGAAAAACUACACGCGCGAAUUCAAAAACAAAAUUUUCUAAUCAGACAAAUUGAUUCGGUGCAAACAAACGAAGAUAUUUGCCCAGGAAAAGCUGAAGUAUUGUACAAUCACAUCGGUAGACUUUACGAUACGUUUAUUUCAAAUCAAGUUCAGAUCGAGACGUUGGUCGAAAAAGAUCCUAGUUUAUUUAGUCAACAAAAAAUCACAGCAGAAGUUCAACAAAAAGUAAUCGAUUUUCAAACAAAAAUGAAUAAAAUAAUCACACCUACUGCGUCAAAAUCUCCUACGAAAUUCGAUUCAGAUCAGAUUGACGAUGACGAAAUAAUACACACUGAUUCCAGUGAUUUAGACGUAUUGUUCAAAAAACGAGAAUCCACAAUUAAUCGAAUGACAUCCCUAGACCAAAAAGAUAACCUAAGCCCAGAAAAAGCCGAAAUAUUAUACCAGCAUCUCACUCCCUUGUACCAAUCAUUUAUCUCGGAUCAGAAUGAGAUCGAGACCCUGGUCAGUGGCACUUUGCUCGAAGCUCAACAAGAAAUUUCUAGACAAAUCCAAAACAAAGUGAUCGAACUUCAAACAACUUUCAAAAAACUCUUCGCACCUGCCACUUCUUCAUCUACAACAGAGCUCAAAACAUGCUCCGAUCUAAUCGCCUUAUUCAACGAGUUAUUUAUCUCGGAUCAAACUGGCAAUGGCAAUAGCAGAAUUACUCAUCAUAAUCAAUUGGAAAUCAGCAGAGAUAUUCACAGAAAGCUCAACUGUCUUCAAUCGACGCUCAACAGAAUACUUUCAUCGUCUGCUGUAUCGACGUAUUUGAAAGAAAUUAACGUAACCGAGCAAUCUAUUGAAGCUCAAACAUCGUCGUCUCAAACGUCAAUUGUUGUUGAAAAUAAUGAUAAACGUAAUUUAGCACUUAAACGUCCAAGAAUGAGUAUUCUAGAUGAACCUUUUUCCCGUGAAUAAUAAUUUAAGACAUAGACGUAUGCUGAAAUAGUACCUAUUGAGAAAAUGCUUGUGAUUCCUUAAAUUUAACGUACCUACAACUAUAGGUACCUACCUAGUUGAGUUGAUCAACAUUAAAUUUACGACCUUUUUUUUUUACGAAUAAGUGUUCUAGAGGUUUAACAGACUUUUAAUGCAAUUAGAAAGUUUUUUGUUCGUAGUUGACUUUUUGAAUUUAAAAUUGAAAAUACAUUUUUUAAAUUAAAAUAUCAAAAUGUAUAA